CAACCGUAUAUUUUGUAAACACGACGAACAAUAAUAAUAAUAAUGUUUAACUAGAUAUUAUUCGUGUCAUAACCUGUCUGUAGUCACUACCCGCCCGAGCCACCUUCUAAAUGCGUCCAAGAAAACCUACUUGAAUUGCCGACGAUCCCUGGACGUAACAUGGCCCUCGGACAUGCCGUGGUCGUCUGGGAAUGGGAAAACCGCAACGGUCGAUGGAAACCUCAUAGUCCCGAAGUAGCACAAUUGCUGGAAAGGGCUCAUUUCAAAAAGUUGACCAGGGUAAUACUAAGGGAUGCCGACCCCAAUAUGGAAUCAUCAUUUGUCAAUUUACGUACAAUGUACCAGUGUUCUGAAGAGAACGAAGGUAAUUUUACUGGUUUUUUUCUCAACUAGGAAUACUCACUACAUAGUACAGUAUCUACAGAAUAUAUUAUAUAACACGUAGCAUGAAGAUUUGAGAAAAACAUAAAAAAGUAUAGGUACGUAAGUAUUCCUAUAGGUCCAUUCAAUUUGGAGUACAUUUAAUUAAAUAAAUUGAUGAGUUAGAAAUUAAUUGUGUCCAGUUUUAUGGUGAACGGAGAAGCGAGACUUUGGCUGCUGAUUAACUAAUAUUUUAAUUUUUUCGGAGAUAAUAGCAAAGAGAAAAGAAGUUAUUGUAUUGAACAUAAUCCCGAAAAAUAAACAAAACAAAAUAUAUAUUUGUAUAACUAUAAUGCAAAAUAAUAAUAAAGAUGUAUUAGAAUUAUUCAAUUAUAUCAAUAUUAUACAUUAAAGAUGAAUAGUACUUAGAAAAAAUGUUCACCAAUUUUAGUAAAAAAAACCACCAUCAGAAAAAUAUAAUACUCACAACUUAAAUUAUCAUUUAAUUUGUAUUUUAUUUUAAAACUAAUAUUAUAUUUUAGGUGCACUUCUGGCUGUGCGUAGAUCUUACUAUCCAGCCAAUGCAUUACCAGGCAAAGGAGCCAGGUGGGAAUGGGCUGGUGAUGUACCUGGUGAGUGGCAUACAUAUGACAUGGAAUCUCAAUGUUUUUUAGAAACGGCCUGGGCAUUGGUGAGUAUUAUUAACUGUGUACUACAUAAACUACUUAAUACCUACAUACAUUAUUGGUCUAUACAAAUUAUUACAUCUAAUUUAAAAUAUUUAAAUUUUCAGGGUUGUCAAGUUAUAGAUGUGAGCAGGACAUAUUUAGGAUUUCCGUACACAAUUAAUUUUUGUAAUUUAACUCAGGUACGUAAUGACAGUGGAUAUAAACGUAAUAUUAGACGUGUAAACCAAGCUCCAUAUCCACUUGUGAAAAUACAAUCGGACGAAGUUAUUCAAUUUAAUGGUUUGUUCUUAUAUCAUGUACAGUAUACAUAAUCAUUUAAUUAAUAUAGGUAAUAGUAAUUUAUUAUUUUAUUUUCAGAUAGGGCAGUUGUAGAAACUAUAAGAAAUUUAUCAUUGAAAAACGAACCCAUUCGAAAAUCUAAUUCAGAAUACAUAGAUACAAUGGCUAAAAAAUCACUUCAAUAUAAAAAACCAAAACAAUUAGUUCCUGACAAUCAUCACAGUGGUACAAAUAUAGCUCGUACUUUGUUAAGCAUUUUUGGUAAGUACAUCAUAUUUUCCAUUUUUUUUUUUCUUUUUAAAUAUAUUACCUAGGUAUUUAAAGUUCUUGAUAUUUUAAAUAUGUUUAGCUAAUAAGAAUCCUUCGUCGCUCUCUAGAGAAGCUCAAUGGCCAAUAGGGACCACAGCAACUAAAAGCUAUAGUGAAUCAAUUCAGUCUGAUUCAUCUAUAAUAGACUUAGACUCAAGUAGUAUACGUAGUGGUAGACGUCCUAGUGUAGAUACAGUAUCAACAUAUUUAAGUCAUGACAGUCACGAACUUCGCACAUCACGAGUAAAAUAUUUUAAAAUAUAUAAUAAUUAUUACUUUGCUAUUUUUAUCAUAUUUGAUAAUCAUAUAUUUGUAUUUAUAGUAUGAUCUAUUAGAUUAUUCCGGUGGUAGCAUUGGGAGCGAUGAUGCUUUUGAAUGUCAACAGAAAUCAGAUGAGGGAAGAAAUCAAUCUGUAAUUGGUAAGUUCUAGUAUUAAAAUACUAAAACAUUUUAAAAAUCAACAUUGGCAUUUAGAUUUUGUAAAAGUAUAUUGUAAUAUUCUAUUAAUAUAAAAAAUAUUUCAGGAGUCAAUUCAGUAAGUGAAAAAUUAUCUUGCUACGUUCAAAUAGUAGAUGAAUUUUGGUCAGGACUUGACUCUUUAUGUCCGUUUUGUGAUAAUCCAUUUGUAUCAUCAAAUAAAUCAAACAAAAGUCUUGUUGUAGCUUUAAGCGUGUGUCAACAUCGAAUGCAUCUUACAUGUUUAAACUCUGUUCUAAACAAUCAGCCUUAUUCUAAUCAGGUAUAAUACUUAUGAAUGAAAUUUGAAAAUAUUAUAUGAUAAUUACAUCCUAAUUCCUAAUCGAUCAAACUUUUUAUAGUGGAUGUAUAUUCAAUGUCCAAUUUGUUUAAAAGUCUAUGGAGAAAAGAGAGGAAAUCAACCACCAGGUGCCAUGAAAUGGACUUAUUUAAAUCGAUCAUUACCUGGAUAUGGUAGUACGAGAACUAUUCAAAUCACAUAUGAGUAAGUAUUAUUUAAAAAAGAAAAAGAUAAUAAUUAUAUUAGUGAAAUAAUGUUUUAAUAUUUAUAGGAUAUCAUCUGGAAUUCAAGGUGAAGAACAUCCACAUCCAGGCCGUCCAUACUAUGCUCUUGGCUUUCCGAGAAUAUGUUAUUUACCAGACACGGAAAAAGGAAGACGUGUGUUGUCAUUGUUAAGCAAAGCUUUCGAAAGACAACUCAUUUUUACAGUUAGACUUUCUAUGACAACUGGCAAUGAAGAUGUUGUUGCGUGGAACGGUAUUGUACAUAAAACUGACUUUGAUACAAGAAUGCAUCAUGGUUUUUUAGAUGAAUGUAUUGAACAAUUAUCAGCACACGGUGUUGUUUAGAAAAUUUUUGAAAUCAAUUACUAAAGUGGUUUAUUAAAAAAAUGUUUACUUGUUUUCAUCAAACUUAGGUAUCCUAUAGUGUUAAAUAUUAAUGUUUAUGUACAGGUAGUUAAAUUGUUCAAGUGUUUCUUGUAAUGUUAUAUUAUGUUAACAUUCAAAAUUAUAUGUUUAUAAAAACUACUAAUUAGUUUAUAUUAAUAUGAAUAAUAUUAUAAAUAAUUGAAAUUUCUGAAUCCGAUUAUUGCAGAAACGUCACAUGAGUCACAAAUUUUAUGUCAAUAAUAAGCGCACAUUCAAUUAUUUUUACAUAGAAAUUAUGUAUAAUCAGUACAUGAUAUGUUUCAAUAGUUAUUUACUUUUAAAUUAAAUUAUUUUUACAAUUUUUAUCAAAUAACCAAAAGUUAAAAAAUUGACUCCUGACAAUUCUGUAAUCAUCGAUCACCUACAUAAUAAAAUUAUUGUUAAAGAUUUAGUAUUUCUCUGUAAAGAGAUAAACAUACAAAUAGGUGUUUAAAUUAAUAUAUUAUCUGUACAUUUAAUUUUUACUGUGACUUCAAGAAUAUUUUUCUUUUUCUUUUUUAUCACAAAUAAAAAUUUUAAACAUGGUUAUCUAUAUAGAUAUUUAAUUUUUUUUUUUUUUAAUAAGAUACUAUGCUAUUUAUUAAUUAUAUAUUUUUAAAUUUGGUCUGUUUCUAAAUUAAUAAUUUAAAAUCUACAGUUUAUACACCAAAAUAUUAAACAAAUAUAGAGUGCAAUUUUGUUGAAAUUAUUAGUUCUAAGAUAUUUUAAGUGAAAAAUAUUAUUUUUAUAUGUAAUUUAAGAAAUAUGUAUUAUUAAAUCAUUAAUCACGUUAAAUAGUAUAAUUUAUUUGUUGUUAAUUAAUAGUAAAUUUUAAAUCAAAUUAUUUUAGAUCUUAUUUUUAUACAGACUAUACAAAUUGCCAUAUUUUAUAUUUAUUUAUUUUUUUAAUAUAAAUAUUUUUUUAUUCAAUAGCAUGUGUUAAAUAAUAUAUUUGAAUUUUGUUGUUAAUUGUAAGUACUGAAGCCCCAGGUAAAC